AAUUUCGUUACUCAUUAUAUCGAUAAAUUUUGGGUAUCUCCGUUUAGUUGUCAAAGUAGCUAAAGAUGGCUGAUCGCUUAACACAACUUCAGGAUACAGUGAAUCAACAGGCUGAGCAUUUCUGCAAUGCUAUCGGUAUUAUUCAACAAACAUCUUUUCCAAGCAAGUUUCCGAACUUUGAUCGAACUGGUUCCCAAACACCUCUACAAGCAACACCACAAGAAGAUUACGCUCAGCUUUUUGCCCAAUUGAUUUCGCGUUGUGCUAAAGAUAUAGAUACUCUCAUCGAAUCCUUACCAAAUGAAGAUAGCUCUACUGAGCUUCAACACCAAAGUCUGAGGAGACUAGAAAUUGAGAAUCAGGAAUGUGCAAAAAGGCUUGACGAGAUUGUUCAGAACGGUGAUGUUUUGCUGGGAAAAAUACAAAUAGCGCUUGAAGAUAUUGCUCAAGCACAAUUAGAAAUGCAUAUAACUUCUACAAAUACCGUUUUCUAGUCUUCUUGGAACUAAUUCUAGAGGGAUUUUUUAAUAAAAGCGGCUAAAAGUGGUUUUGCCGGCUUUGCGUAAUUAUUAUUGUUUUAUGGUAUUCAUGAUUCGAAAUGAAUUCGGUAGGCUUCUGAUUUCAGUUGUUCUCGUUCAGUUGGUCUCGUACUGCAAGCCCCGCAAUGAUUUAGUUUUUGGCCAAGGCGAAUCACUCUUAUUCUUCGUUUUUUGGCAAUUCUGAGUAAAAAAUACGAACCGUUUCCUCAAGAAAAAAAAAAAAAAACUUAUAAAUGAGGUUCGAUCU